AAUAUACACGAGAUAUGAAAAGCUUCAGGCUGAAGGUGGGGGAGUGGAUGCCUGGCAAAUGGGCAGCGGAUACCGUUCACUUCAACCCCUCUCUCACAUCAAUCAUUUUCUCAGUGACUGCUAGAGGCGUCAACAUGGAGGAGAGAGCUGGAGCCCCUGACUCGAGAACUGUGGUCACCAUGUAUGGCAGAUGUUGUACAGCAGAUCUGGAGACAAGGUGCAGUAGUGUCAACUUGCCAUGGAGACCCAGCACCUACUACAAGGUGGCAGGUGUCAAUACCACCCUUGGACCCUACACUAGAAAUUUGUGUGGGAGGCAGUACCCGGUGAUGACAUCUUAUCCACCAAUAACCUCCUGCCCAUCAGUGACCGGGGGUCCUAUCAUCAACUGCCCCGUGCCUUCUUACCCUGUCAUGCAUUCAUGCCCUGCAAUAACACCCCGGCCACCAGUAAACUGCCCUGUCGUUAAUCCUUGCUCUGUGAUAGAUCCAUGCCCUUCGAUGGAUCCGUGUGCCCCGGGUACCUCUAACCGUAUUGCCCUGUUCAGCAGAUACACCCAAGGUGAAUGGGUGGAGUCCAACCACAACAAUUACAAGCAAUCCGAAUGUUCCAGGCACAAUGCUGAGAAGCUCAGGGAGGACACGACCAGACUCAUCCAGGACAAGGCUCAGCUGACAAGGAAGAUCCAGAAUGACACCAGCAACAACAUUGGAGAGAGGGUGCAAGACAUCAGCUUCUGGAAAUCUGAGCUUGAUCAUGAACUUGACCAAAUUAUCAUGGAGACGCACGCUCUCAGUCAAGUGAAGAAAAAAGUGGAGAAAGCAUUAGAAGAGACAGAUGCGCACCUACAGAUGGUUCAAGAAUGUUUAUAUCACCGUGAAAAAAGAAUAGGUAUCGAUUUGGUCCAUGAUGAAGUGGAGACCCAACUACUUGAGGAAAUGAGAAUAGUCAAAUGUGUUCAAGAAAGAUUGAAGAGAGGCAUCGAGAGAGCUACUUCACAACUUUCAAACAACAGAGCAGCUCAGCAUGAACUGGAGCGGGAUCUGUGUGACAAAUGUGCAGCUUACUGGAUUGAUGAUAAAGUGCACCAGUUGAAGAACACAUCAGAUGGUAUCAGCUAUUACUGUGGAAUUGAACAAGUGAAUGCCACCAUCUCCACCCCUGAUUCCUGGUUAAAGUAUACAGAAGACAACAUAUUGCGUUCGCAGUGUGAACGGGCAGCUUCAGCAAGACUGCGAGAUGAGCUUGAGAAACUCCUCGCUGCUACUUCAGAGGAAUUGUGGAAACAGUUUAACAACGUCAACCUUGCAUUUACACAUCGCAUCUUUGAAAUUGGAGAUGCUAAGAAAAAGUUACAGAUGCAUCUUUCAAAGGUCCUGCAGGAAAUCUUCCAAACGGAAUGCACCAUUGAGGAGUUGAAGAUGGCCAUUAGGCAGAAGGAAGCUCCCAUGAAGGUUGCGCAGACCCGUCUGGAGGAGAGGAUCAAGAGGCCUAACAUGGAGCUGGUGUGUGACCAGCCACAACACAGGUUGGUCUGUGAAGUGUACACCAUCGAUGCGACCAUACAGACAUUGAAACAACGUCUGCAAGAAGCACAGAAUGCUUUGCAACUCCUGGUCCAAACCAAGUCCGUGCUGGAAUAUGACAUCAGUGUGAAAGCCAACUCCCUCUUCAUUGAUCAGGAGAAAUGCAUGGGGAUGCGUAGAACCCUUCCCAACACCCCACGCUUGAUCGGUUGCACUCAGCUGAACAUGGGCACUUACUGUGCUCCCCCAGCCCCUGAGAAGAAGCCUUGCAACUGUGGCUGCAAAAAUAAAAAAAAAGUAACAUAAAUGAAUGAAAACCAAUGGAGCCCCAGGCUUCAGAUAAAUGCAUGCUUUGUUCUGUUUUGGAAAACAAUGCUCAAAUAUUGUGGAAACAUAAAAUAAAGAAAAUUGGUGGUUUAACAGUAA